UUCAACAAAAUGGCUGCGCGAGCGCCACAAACGAGAACCCAGUGACCGCUUCACGUCAGUGCAGAAUCACUUUAAAUGGAUGGUUCCUUACUGAGCGUCGGGACAUUUACUCGUGUGGACUCGUUUACAUACGUAUUAACGAACUAAAGGCAUGCUGAAAUACUCCCUUUACGCACUUUAUGUACACCCAAAAGCAUCCAGAAGCUCAAACUGCCAGUGCGCGCGCGUCUGUGUGGGUGUCUAUGCGCGUGUGUAGCGUCUCCUAAGGAUCGCCGAGAUGUUACAGCAGCUGAUCAACCUUAGGCUUGCUUGCUGACGUGCACAACUGUGGUUUAAUGUCCCUUUCACUAUUUGCAUUGGAGUUUUAGACCCCCCCCCUCUCUGGAUAAAUUCCGCUGCAGAUUGAGAGGCGAAUUCCUCAACUGGAAAGUCGGGCUCGCCAUUGCAGCUCAGUGUCUGACUGCGACUGAGUAAUAUCUGCUCUGUAUCAGGACGGGGAUCGACUACAUCCUCCGUCACCGUGCAGCCUAUGCGUCGCAUCUGAACAGCAGACCGCGGGUGCUACGUGUGCGAAAUAAAGCCUUGGCACAAAACACGUCACACAAGAGGAGAACCAUUUGAUGGAAGAAAAGAAAAAGAAAAAGCAAGAGGAAAAGAAAAAGAAGGAAGCUGCUCAGAAAAAGGCUGCUGAACAGAAAACCAAAGUGCCAGACUCUGCCAAGCCCAGCCCCACCCCUCCUCCCCCCACCAACCCCAGCACCGCCACCAACCCGUCUGUGCCCUCAGCCAGCAGCAGCACUGGUGGCAAUGGCAAGCGCACACCCUCCGGCAACCAACAGCAGCAGCCGGCAGCCCCUCGCUACCCGCCCCGAGAGGUGCCCCCUCGUUUCCGUCAACACGAACACAAGCAGCUACUGAAGCGGGGCCAACCUCUGCCCGCCGGAAGUACAGCUCUCGUGGAGCCAGUGUCCACCAACCCUACGUCUCAGCCCUUCUCCUGCCAGACCCACCCAGAGCUGCCCCCACAGAGUGGCCUGGCAGCCCAGUAUGAGAAUAUAUCCCCCAAUCGCAGAGCCACUACAGCCCCUACCAACAGUUGCAGCGGCUGGGAUCCACUGAUUAUUGACAAGCACGAUACGGAGGCGUGGCCUUCCAUUUCAAGCAAAGAAAGCCACGCCCUUGCAGGAUGCCCCUUAGACACUGAAAGUAUCAGUGACAUCAGCAGAAUGAGCAUGGCCACAGGAGCUGGCCAGCAAGGCCAUUUCUCCGCCAAUCAUCCCAGCAAAGCCAAUGCCAGCCACUCAGGAGGUCUACUCUCUAGUCAGAGUGGGGCCAGCAGAGGCUGGGGCUCUGGUCCGUCUCCUGCCACUGGAGGAGAAGUGAAGAAUGAAGUCUCCAGCACAUCAGUGGGAACCAGGAGUUGGGGCUCCUCUAACUUUAACUUGAACUUAAACCCCAACGCCAACCCCUCUGCCUGGCCAGUUCUGGGACAUAAAGGGACCGGUAUGGGUGGUGGCAGCUCUGGAGAAAGCAACCUUCCUCCUCCUAAUCUCUGUAGCCCACCGGGCACUCUGCCCAGUCAGUGCCCUAGCAGCAGUGGCAGUAUAGGUGGUGCCAAUGGAAAUUCUGCAGGUAGUGGUGGCAGUGGCAACACCACGUGGGGUAGCAUUGUGCCCAGUGACUCCUCAGAGCCACACUCCACCCCAUCCACGAAUGUGUCUUUCAGCUCUGAACCUCAGAACCUUAACACUGAUGGACCAAAUCACACUAAGCAAGAGCCCAGAAGCCCUGGCCAUAGCCUGCCUAGCUGGGGAGUUGGACCUCCAGGCAUGUGCUCGUUUGUUCAAAAUUCAGGAGGAGCCUCACAGGUCAACGGGGAUGAAGAACCUGUUUGGGGUAAUGGAGAUGCCAAGUCUGGUGGUGGCUCAAAAGACUCUGGUUGGGACUCAGGGAGCAGCUGGGGACAAGGAGGGGCCUCGGGCACUUCUGGAUGGGGACAAACUGCCUCAACUGGAGACUGGGGUAAGCAUUCCAACACUGAGGCCAAAGGAUGGGAUUCCACAAGCUCUACCACCCAAGAACAGCCGCUAAACUCUUGGGUCCGUGGGGCCAAUGCCCCAGCCAGUGACGGAAGCAGUGACAGCAUGGAAUGUCAUCCUCGCAGGAGGGUCCGCUCAUCAACAGAUGAGGCCCCCCCUAUUCUGCCUGCCCAGGAUAUGGACCCUCGGGUUCUGUGUAACACAGGCUGGGGACAAACACCAGUGCGUCAGCACACCGCUUGGGAGACCGAAGAAGCUGCACGUUCCAACUGUAAGAAUGACAUUGGAACUGAAGCCUGGGGCUCAUCCUCAAAUGCAGCCAAUGUAGGACCACCACCAACUUCUGGAAGUGCCAACCCAAACUCUGGCACUACAUCCAGACCUGACUCUGGGGGCAAGAAUGAGGGUCCCUGCCCCAGUGGAGCUGCACCUGGAUGGGGCACAGCCAUGCCAUCACCCCAGGCUAGCUCUGGUUGGGCAGAUCCUACCAGCAACAAGAAACCUUCCAGUGGUCCUGGAAGUUGGGGCAGUAACCCAGCUGGAGGUUCAGGUGGCAACCUGCAGAAAAGUGGUCAGACUUGGGGUUCAGAGGAAAAGUCUCCUACAUGGGAAGACAGUCACGCGAAAACCAAACCACAGGGCUGGACUGAUGUGCCCAAAACUUCUCAAGGAUGGGGCAAUGGACCUAGUGGAGUAAGCAGGCCUGGAGGAGAAUGGGGUGAAUCUGGAGAUGGAAAGAAAAAUGGUCCCACCAGCUCUACCUGGGAGGGAGAGGGUACCAGCUGGAAUGAGAGCUCCAGAGGAUGGGGAAAGCCUACUCCAGGAAUAGGAGGAAACUGGGGAGACGCACAACACUCCAAUGUGCCAUCACAAGGAUGGAAUAACAAGCCCCAGGAGGGCACCAGUGGCAAUAGUGGUAGUGGAAACAUGGGUUCUUGGGGAGGUCCUAACUCUGUAAAGCAGAGUGGCUCUGGAUGGGCAGGAGGAAAUGGUGGAGGUGCUAAACCUGACCACACUGGAGAGCCCACUGGAUGGGAGGAGCCCUCUCCACACUCCAUCCGACGUAAGAUGGAGAUCGAUGACGGUACCUCAGCUUGGGGUGACCCAAGCAGUUACAACAAGACAGUCAAUCUCUGGGACAGGAAUAACCCUGGAAUGCAAGGCAAACCAGGACCUGGCAAUGCCAACAGUGUACCCAACAACCAUCAUCAUCAUCCCCACCAUAACCAGCCUCCCAUGCAGACCCACAGCCAUGGAGGGCCAAGUUCAAACAAUAAUCACAUUUCCCCUGAUAACGCUGUCCCACAUCAAACAGGGCCAACUCACAAUAGAACAACCCUUAUGAAUCCAGGAUGGGGCGAGACGACAAAUGUCCAUUCAAAACCUGAGCCCUCAUGGGGAGAGCCAGCCACCCCUGCAGCAAGUGUGGACAAUGGCACUUCAGCAUGGGGUAAACCCCAAGGUGGCUGGGGUGAUAAUGGCCCUGAGGUCUAUGGUCGAGGCAACGGACCUCCUGGAUCUGCCCCCUGCAAACCUGCCCCCAAAUCUAUGCAAGAUGGCUGGGGUGGUGGAGAGGACAUGGGCCUGUCUGCAGGGCAGUGGGAGCAGGAUGAGGGUGACAUGUGGAACAGCACUGCAUCUCAAGAGAGCAACUCCUCCUGCAACUCCUGGGGCAACCCACCCAAAAAGGGCCCACCAAAGGGAAAAGUCCCAAACAAACCGGAUGAUACUUGGAUAAUGAAUCGUCUUAUUAAGCAGCUGACUGACAUGGGCUUCCCUAGAGACCCUGCAGAAGAAGCUCUCAAGAGCAACAACAUGAACUUGGAUCAGGCCAUGAGUGCCCUGUUGGAGAAGAAGACCGAACUUGAUAAACGGGGGAUGGGAAUCUCUGACUACAACAACGGCCUAGUCAAUAAACCAAUGGGCUGCAGGCCUUCAGUCAUCUCCAAAGAAUCCUCCUCAGAUCGUCCCCCCUACUUGGACAAGGAUGCUGGGCUAGCAGAUGAUGCCCAAACCUCACCGUUUAUGCCUUCUCCGAGCCUGAAGCUCCCAUUGGGUAGUGCUGCACUCCCUGGCCAGAGCCUAGGAGUUGCGAUGCAAAACUUGAACAACAGACAGAUGCAGAGUGGAGUGUUUGGUAGUAGCGGAGCAGCACAAGCCCGGGCCCUGCAGCAGCAGCCACCUCCCCAGCCGUCAGUGCCACCUCUCAACUCGUCCCAGCCUAGUCUACGCGCUCAAGUGCCUCAGUUUUUCAGCCCUCAGGUUCAAGCACAGCUUUUACAGUUUGCAGCAAAAAACAUUGGUCUCAACCCUGCACUUUUAACCUCACCAAUAAACCCUCAGCAUAUGACCCUGUUGAACCAACUUUAUCAGCUGCAACUGGCGUACCAGCGUUUACAAAUUCAGCAGCAGAUGUUGCAGGCACAGCGCAGUGUUUCUGGCCCCAUCCGACAGCAAGAGCAGCAAGUUGCACGUACAAUCAAUAACAUGCAGCAACAGAUCCAGCAGCACCAGCGGCAGCUGGCUCAGGCUCUGCUGAUGAAACACCAACAGCAGCAGCAGCAGCAGCCACCCGCCUCACACCCGGGCCUGCAUCCCAGCGCAGGCAAAUCAGCUCUGGACUCAUUUCCAGCCCAUCACCAAGCCUCCAGCCUCUCUGUUUCCGACCUUCAGACCAAAGAGCCGCAGUCUUCUCCAAACUACUCCUCACCCUACCCUAUUUCUGGAUUGAACCCUAACAUGAAUGUAAACUGCAUGGAGGUGGGUGGCCUGUCCAUGAAGGACUCUCCUCAGCCUCAGUCACGCCUGUCACAGUGGACACACCCAAACUCCAUGGAGAACCUCUCUGGCAACUCCUCUCCAAUGGAGACUAACUUUAGCAAGCAUGGUGCCAUCUCUGCAGGCCCUAGUCUGGGUCCCCCAAGUAAGCCCCCACUGGAUGACUCCUACAGUCCCUACAAUCUGAUUGCCAGCUCCGAGUCUCCUGCCAGCCCCCUGGCACCUCAUGAUAGCUGGGGUCAGGGGAAGAACACCAAUGACAAGAUCUCCAAUGGGACCAAUGUCACCUGGCCUCCAGAGUUCUGUCCAGGAGUGCCCUGGAAAGGACUGCAGAAUAUUGACCCUGAAACUGACCCCAAUGUGACCCCAGGGAGUGUUCCCAGUGGGCCCACCAUCAAUACCAACAUUCAGGAUGUGAACCGCUACCUGCUGAGAGACAGGAGUGGAGGUUCCACCCCAACUUCCUCACAGGGUGAGGCUCUGCCUCCCUCUGGUGAUUGGCCAGUCACUAGCUCUUUCAGUCUGUCCUCCCCCGAGGCAGACAGCACAGGAAAGCUGUCUGACAUGAAGUCCACUUGGUCUUCGGGGCCCAUCUCGCACACCCAGGCUUCUCUCUCUCACGAGCUUUGGAAAGUCCCACAAGGACCCCGAAACACGACGGCUCCCACACGGCCACCUCCAGGCCUGACCAACACCAAGCCCUCUUCCACGUGGGGCGGAAACACCCUGGGCCUGGUAGCUGGCUGGAGCAGCUCCUACUCUGCAGGUACCACGUGGAGUACAGACAGCUCCAGCAGGAGCACUAGCUGGUUGGUUCUGAGAAACCUUACACCACAGAUUGAUGGUUCAACACUGCGGACACUGUGCAUGCAACACGGCCCGCUCAUCACAUUCCAUCUCAACCUGACGCAGGGCAAUGCAGUGGUGCGCUACAGUUCUAAAGAGGAGGCUGCCAAAGCCCAAAAGUCCCUACACAUGUGUGUUCUGGGAAACACCACUAUACUGGCAGAGUUUGCUGGAGAAGAGGAGGUAAACCGCUUCUUUGCACAGGGUCAGUCCCUCACGCCCACGACCAGCUGGCAGGCCAACCCCGGCACCAAUCAAACACGGCUGGGGGGCGGAGGGACGGUGGCCACACACCCCAUCGGCCACUGGAACAGCAGCGGUCUGGGAGGAGGAGGAGUGGGCGGGACGGGGUCCGGCGGGAAGGCGAGCAACGAGCUGCUGUGGGGGGGUGUACCGCAGUACUCCAGCCUGUGGGGGCCGCCCAGUGCUGAGGACGGCCGAGUGGUGGGCAGCCCCACCCCAAUCAAUACGCUGCUUCCUGGAGACCUGCUGAGCGGAGAGUCCAUGUGAGAGCGCCAAGUGCUCGAACCCCCGAACCGCAGCAAAAUAUGAAACUGAAUGAGCAAAAACCAAGCAAAUCAAUUGGCGAUAAUCAACGUCAGUGGAACUGUGAAAAACCAAGAGACAGGAGGCUGAGGCCACACUUGCAUAAAGGCUGCUGACCUUCUUCCUCUACUUUUUUGUUUUGUUUUGCGUCUCUGUGUUAUUUUGAUCAUUAGGCUUGGGUUACAGUAUUCUAUAGACUUCUUAUGAAGAACUGGGACUAAAAGAGAAGUGAACCUUUACCAAGACUUUUUCUCUAAUAACUGAAAACGGUGUAAAAGUGUAUUUUACAACAAACCGACAAGACAUGCUGCCAUUUUUUUUAAAUUCCUCUGGCACGAGCACAUCCUGUCAGCCCAAUCACAGCAUAUCGUCCUAUCCCCGAAGAAACGUGCGUCAUUCCAAACCGACUUCCCUACUCCCUGUCUUUUAGACUGGAUCCAUGGCUUUUCUCAGUUGUCCUUUGGAUCGUUUGGAUUAAUUAACAGCACUAAACUUUAGCCUUAACUGCUGAUCAGUCCCACUCCAUUUGAGGUCUGAAGAAACUCAUCUUGAGAAUUGCACAUUUUCUCAUUUCUGAGCCAGGACUGUCGAUCUCAGCCGCAGCAGUACGCGCAUUCGUCCUUCCUUGUUUCCCUCGGUUGCCACCUGUCCUCGUAACUCUCGAAAGGAUGAACAGGUAUUUGAUGCCUCUGCACAUUUGAGGCAUUUAUUCUUAAGCUGAGAGGACACAUGGACAGCUGAGGAAUAUAUUAACCACUGCUUACGAAAAAUGUACAGGAAAGACUUUUUCAGAUGGACUACUUUUUCUCUUUCAUUUUCCUAAACGACCUCGGUCUCUCCCUCAAAAAAAACUAAAACUAAAACAUAAGCCCUCAUUGUUGUUCGUCUGAAGUACAAUAUAUGCCACAGACUCUUCUGUCCAUCUUUACGCAGUGCUUGUGAAAUGGUAGGAGCUCGCAUGGGGACAUGGGGGGGCGUCAAAGACUUGUCUCCUGCCGUGUCCACCAAGCGUGGGACUGAACAGAAGAGUACUCUCUCAGUGUGUAAGCCCAUGGUGAUGAAACAUUCACAAGCACUUCCUCUACACACUCAAGGACAAGUGUGACUACAGGGGCAACAGGGGCUUCAAACCAAAUAAGAGGUGUUUCUUGUAACCAGUAGAAGAAGUGCAUUUUUUUUCAUUGUUGUUGUAUUUGGUACAAAAGUAUGGAACAAAGAUGGCGUGGUUUCUACAUAGCACUUAGCAAGAGCCAAUGCGCUUUAAUGCCAACAAAUUACACAUGGACGUGAAACUGACAAAAAGCAACGAUGAAAAGCAAUCUACCGAACUUACGCUAAACGGAUUUUGCCGUUUCUUAUCUUCUUCGUCUUCGUCUUUCCACAGUCUUUUCAACUUUCUAGUCAGACAUUUAAAAAAUGGUAGCAAAUUGAAAGGAUGUCUGAUGAGGAGAAAAAAAACACCACAACAAGACUGAAGCAUUCACGUGUUUUUUGUUUUUUCUUUAAGAUGAUAUAUAUCAAAGUAAAUAUCACUGUUACAGUACUCCAAAAUCAUUAGCCUUUUGUCUGGAGAUGCUAGACGUGUUGUAAUGUUUCUAAUGGAUUCUGCGGGGCCCCUUGCCCUGGCGGCCCCGUGUACCUGUAUGAUAAGUGUGGCCAUUGAGUGCCUAUCUGCUGUGGCGCCUCAGGUGCCCACACUCUGACUUUUGACCCGCUGUGCCAGGCCGGCGCACCAGAUGCCAGAACAGACCCGCCUGGGGCCGGAGCAGUGGCUCCUUCAGACCUGGCCAAUCAGUACGUACUACUACUGCGCCAGCACUCGACCUCGUCUCAACUUCACUCUCAUAGACUCUCUUUCUCCCUCUCAUGCAAAGAUCACUUUAGCUGGAAGUGGACAGGUUCGUUUUAUGUACUUUUUACGAUCGAUUGGGGUUUUCCCUUCUGGAAUUGCCAGUGUUGUUGUUUUUUUUUUUUGGUCAACAUUGCUGUUGUUAUCGUCGUUGCUGUUGUUGAUGUUAUAUGGUUAAUUUGCGCUAUUUCGGUUUAUGUGUGUGUCAAUGCAGUGGUCUCUAUGGUAGCUGCUCUCACCAGCCCCUCUUGCUGCGCAUAUGCAGAAACACUCUGAUUAAGAGGCACACCUCAGCGUAAACGGCGGCGCCGAUUGAUCCAGAAUCACUCGUAGUGACGGAAAAGGGUUGUUUUGAGGACGGAGCGCACGUAGUGGCAAAAGGAAGAGUAGGUCGAUGGUGCUCAGUUUGUCUUCUGCCUCUCCUCUGCACGUUCCUCCGCUCUGGUGUCACAGCCCUGCCAGGCCACACACUCACACUGGUGCUUAUGACAAAGGGCAGGCAGAGUACACUACUUUACCUGGUCGCCUCUUCUCACAGUAAUAAAAGCAAAUGAUAACGGAGACUCGGUUCUCCACUUCUAUGCAAAGACCGACUGAGAGGUGCAGUUCACGGCCUUCAAUCUGUAGUUCUCUCCAAGCCCACUCUUCAGCUCACCAGGUGAUUGUGAGAAGGCAGCUUCCUUACAGUGUGGCCUAAAGUAAGAAACCGGCCCGAUGACCAGGCCCUCACUGUUUACUCUCUGAAUGAUCUCUUACAUUAUGUACAUGCAGUCUCAGGGCAGCCUCAGAGAACCCCAAACUGUUUUAUCGUUACGAGGAGGGCGCGAUUGCAUUAUCCGAUGUGGCUUUAAAGAUGCUAAAUGGGUGGGCGAGUGGACUCGGAGAAGGAUUGGCACAAAGUCCCUCAGUUUUUUUUGUUUUUUUUUCUAAUGUUCCUAUUCUCGAUCGUAGACCUAACCUAGAUACAAGUCUAUCAGAGUGGAACUACUACUUUCUUGAAAUUUGUUUUGGUGUUUGGUUGUGUAAGGAGCACUUGGAGAUGGAGAGGUAGAAUGCAGGUUGGCACCAAGACAGACGGGUAGCACCCUGUCCCGGGUCUCAAAUAUAUACGUCUGGGAGGACUGCUGACAAUUAAACGGGGAAUCCAGAAUGUUUAGGUGCACUGUAGAUGGUUCACAUUUGGGUACAUCUUUUCUUUCUUUUUUUAAACCAAAAAAGGUUUUUGUCUGAUUAUUGUUAUUAACAUUGUUGAAAAAGGAAACUUUAAUUCUGUACACUCUUGACUGAAGUGCUUCUCUCUGCAAGCCUUUGACGCCCUGAAGUGGCGGACAGAUGACUCUGGGGUUGCUGUAUUGAUGGUAUUAAAUUCUGUCCUGACCCGAUAUUAGGGGAACGGUGCAGAUUAUUUUUUAUUUUAUUUUAUUUUAAACAGGUCCAGGUCCAUGUGGACCUAUUGUAUCAGGAUGCCUGGGGCACAUGCCAGCUGAUAUCAAGUCUUAAAAGGGGGAAAUACCUUUCUGGAAGAAUUAUUUUCCCCUUUUUCCCCCCACACUCGAGUGACACUAGCAACAAUCACGAUUGCCUGUUUUUGAAUAUAUAUAUAUUUUUAACUGCCUUUCUCUAAGCUGUUUUCAAGACCACGAAAAACAAACGUCCAAAACGUGUUUAAAAUCCAGAGGAUUGCCUGGCAGACAAGCUAGCUAGCCAACGAGUGCCCACUGUGUCCUCCACUGUGGGCUUAAACUGGGUCUUAUUGAUAGGACUAAUGUACUCUAGCUCCACGGCUCAGAUGCAACUAUGUUUAGAUAAAAAUCACAGGGCCUGGGUGGAGAUGAGCUCUAAGAAACACAAAUCCUCAUUCUUAGGGUCCUGGCUAGAAUAUGCACAUGCUGGUUUAUAUACAUGUACAUCUGAAAUCCUGUGUAUGUAUAUAACUGGUUAUCUUUUUUUGUUUAUUUACCUUUACUUUGGUUUUCAGGCCCGAGUAACCCCCUGUUUCCGUCUCUCCAUAAAUUAACCUAGAUGAUAAAAAGCAUAAACAUAUCAAAAUUAUACAAAUUAAAAAACACAAAUACUUGAAUCAUAAUAAGCGCCAAUAAUGUAAUGUGAAUUAUUUUUUUUAUUUUAUUUUUUGUAAUUUUGUCAUUCAUACACUUCCAAGCUUUUUGAUAACAUCAGUUCAAACUGAACAAAAAAAAAAAAAAGUAGUUAAAAAAAAAAAUGCAAAGUGACAUCGGUUGUGAGUGUUUGCACAAGAUUGCGUGUACUGUAUGACGGAUGAAUGCGUUCAUUUGCCUGUGUGAGUGGGUUCAAACCAGUGUAUGCUAGUGAUUACUGUGGGUUUGUCUGCGCCUUUGUUUCAUUUUAAGCAUCUUAGAGGUUUUUUUUGUUCUUUUUUUUUUUUUUUGGCUAGUCAAAAUAUAUUCGUAUGUGUAUUGUUAUAGUAUUUGUUAUUAGCUUUGUUAUUAGAGUUGCACUGAGUGUCUGCUUCCCCUCAUUCAGCUAAUCGUACAACAUGAUAUUAAAGUACUAAGGGGACAAGGUGACAAUUCAUGUGUUAAUGUUUACUCAAGGACUUAUUGAGAAAAAUAACAAGUGUGUUUUUUUUUUUUAAAUCUAUAAUACGAUUAUCUACCUUAUAGUGGCUUUUAUUGUGGAAUAAUCCAUGAUAAAGAAAUAGAUUAUGUUGAGUAUUGCACCAUUUUGUUUUUUAUAUACAAAAAAAAAAAAAUGCAAAAUACAAUGAAAGAAAAAAAAAAGUAUAUAUAAGAUGUGGGGAUUUUUUUUCUCUCUCGAAGAACUGUGGCCAUAGAUCGAUGUAGAGGAACUUGUAACUCCCCGCGUUACACCACGUUGAGCCGGAUAGACAUCUGGAGAAGAGUUUCUUACAAGACUCAUUUCAGAGGUGCCUACCUUUUGUUUUGUUUUUUUGUUUUUUUAAUGUUCAUACCUGUUCUAGUUUUUGUUCACUAUCUUCUUUGUGCAAGGCCACCAACAGUUUACACACAUUACAUGUUUUUCUGAAGUUCAAGGAAAAGAAAUUUUGCGAUGGGAUUGUCAUGAGAAGAGAAAAAUCCUAAAGGACAUAUACUUCCAUCAAAUGAAUAACAAAAACACUUUACGGAAUGAAGAUUAUCGUGCUACUUGCAGAACUCUGGGAUUGAUCAGUGUUGUCAUGUUUUUGUUUUAUUUUUUAUUUAUGUUUACUUUCAUAGAUUAUCAAAGCCUGUAUUUUUCUUUUCGAAGCAAAAAAAAAAAAAACAUUUCCUUCGUUGAAAAAAAAAAGAGAAAAGAAGACAUAAAUGUUCACUAUCUUGCACACACAAAAAGUGGAUCAUGUCUCAGGAAGGCAAGGGUUCCAGAGUACCAACUCCACGCCAUUUAAUGUUCGUUCUUAGAGAAAGACGAUAACGGAAGAAAAAAAAAAACAUAAGCACUGAAGGGUUAUGGAUUUCAGAAGAAGAAAAUACCUUUGUUUCUAAAUCCGUAGCAGUUACAUAUUUACCAAAUAAUGAACUCUUAAUGAACUUAAAAAAAUGGAGUGCUUUAUAUAUAUGAAUCUAUAUACUGAAAUUGCUUUACAUUUUAAACAAAAUGAUCAAUGAUUUUGAUUGUUCAAAAGACGGUGAAAGAACAUACAAAUGCUGUAUGUUUGAAUCUUUAUUGUAUUUUCUUAACAUGAGGUCCCUUCCUGUUGAAAUCAGGACCAUUGUGCAUUACUAUUUCUUUCCUCUGUCAUUUUGUCUCUUGUGGCGGGUAUUACAUAAUGAGAAAUUGAAAAGAGGAGUGGGGGGGGGCAGGGGUUCUAUAUCAAAUUGAUCAAUUUUAAAGAGAAAAAAGUCUGGUUUAUACGGAUCAUGAUCUAUGCACAAGGGGGUGGGCUUCUUAAAGCCCCUGUGACUCAUCUCUCAUUGGGAUUAGAGGGGUUCUUUCUGUCUUUUAUUGUGCUCAUUUGCUCUUGUCUCCCUCCCCCACCAACCCCAUUUUAUUUCCCAUUUUUUAUGUUUCAUGUUUCUUACAUAUAGUACAUCGCCAUGCUGUGUAUUCCUAAACCAAUGAACGUCUCAUUCUGAAGCACUGUGGGGUUUUUUUGUAGCCCAUGACUUUCAAGGUUGUCUGUGUUCUGCGUGCAUGUGUGUGUGUGUGUGUGUGUGUGUGUGUGUGAGACUGCGUGUGUGUUACUGGGAUGAGUAUGGAUGGAGAUACUGGGUUGAUACUUUCGUCUUUUGAUUUUAAAUGUUAAGGAAUAUGUCUGUACUGAGAUUUUAAGAAGUCAGUGGCUUUUAAUGUUUUGGUUUUCUCUCUCUUUUUCUCCUCAUAGAAUGUGAUUGUUGACAUGCACCGAAAAAAAUGUUUUGAACUAUGGAGCUUCUUUCAGACAAUUAAUAAAUUGCAUUUUUGUUCUUGGCUGUAA